AGAUGAAGAUUAAAAAUUGUGAAUACUACAAUCCCAAAGCAUCUUCGAAUUUAUCACAUUAUGUUUUAAGAAAUGCGCCUACUUUUAAAUUUGGAUUUCGUGGAAACAGCAGCCUCUGAAUUAUCAAUUACUUUAAAGAAUUUUAUAGGAAGCCAGAUCUCUAUAUAUUUUCAAUUGUGUUUUAAUAUCAGUAUUUUCAAAACAAUAACUCUCCAGCGAUCAUUUAAACAUGAGAUUGAAUCCUUAAGUUUCAAUUUUUAAAAUAAUGAUACAUAAAAAUUGAACAUUGUUGAAAAAUAUAAAAUUUUUAUGAAGAGAAUUUUUUCCACAAGAAACGAAAAAAAUAUUAUCUAACAUAAAGCACCCUACUGCAAGUCUACACACAAAAAAAAACAGAAGAAAGUUGAAUAUUUGCAAAAAGACAUAAAUACAAAAGUUUAUCCACCCACCACAAUUUCAUGACAAGCAUUCGAUGGCUUUUAGCCAAUUAAUUGUUGACGCCCUUUGAAUAACAAUUUACUUUAACUUUGCACAUACAUAUGUAACUACAGAGCGGCUCCUAUAAGGUGCGUAUGGCAAGGCAGGUGUAAAGUCACGCCGAAAUUGAUCAUAAAAUUAAUUGCGCUUGACCGUAGCAUUGGAGCACACGUGAAUUGCGGUAAAUAACAGUGAAUUGUAAAUACUUGUAGCAAUAACAAUUGUAAUGAAUACAACGCCAACAAGGAUUCAAUAAAGACGCGCAUAAAAGUGAAAGAAACUAUUGCAUGUGAGUGCGUGCAAAUUUCUAUAAACAUCAACAAAACGAGGCAUAAGAUGAUUAACCAGCGGAGCUCACUCCUUCUGCUACUCCUCCUUGUAUUGCUUUGCGUUUGCGCAGAGUGCGAUGCCAAAAAGUGGCGAUCCCACAUUAAAAAGAAGAGUAAUGCACCCAAAAUAUCAGCCACCUUCCGCACAGUACCACCGAAACGCAAAUCAUCAAUGCCGAAAUAUCACGCAGCUCCACAUAAACGUGACCCGAAAAUGAACUACUAUCAUCCAUUGCCCACAAAAUGGCCCACUCAUAUGGCCAGCUCAUUGUCGCCCAACUAUUAUUUGGCGUCGUCGUAUUACCCCCGCUGGCGUUCCUACCACACUGCACCGUCAAAGUCAGCACUCAAGAAAAUUGAUUUGACACCUCCAUUUACGCCACUGCCGUUUGGUAGCUACUCAAUGCCACUGCGUCGCUCCGAUGAUUUUGAUGUUUCGGCUAGCAGCAGCAUUAGCAGCAGCGACGCUUUGCCGUCCACCACUUUAGUGGACAUGAGUGCCUUCAAUGCUGCAAUAGCUGAUGGCUUCUUUGAUGCUGAUUUACCACAAUCCCACACAAGUGGUGAGUUUCUGCAACCGGAAAUAUCGUUAGGCGGCUGGACACCUGUGGAUUACAAGUCAUUUAUGGCAGAUGCCGAUUUCAGUCUCUGGAACGAGCAGUUGGGUUUGAAUCGACGGCUAGAUAUGGAUGAACUGAUGUACAGUAAUCCUUAUGAAAUGCAUUUUAUUUGAUUUCAGUUAUUUAAAAUACCAAUAUCUUUUCCUAUGAGGUCUCAAAUAAUUAUCCCUUAAAAUACUAACUUUAGAAUUAGUUAAACCAGAGACACAGAAUUUGUUGAAAUAAAAAUGAAAAUAAUUUUUAUAUAAAGUUAUAUUGAAGUGCAAUUGUGUUUUUUGUUGCUUUAAUCACAAUAUUAAUUAUAAAUCAGUUUUCAUUGUUGCAUGAAAUUUGCAACUGAUUUUUUUGCUAACAUCUUCAGUUCGUUCCACGGUUAGCCACAUUCAUCGAUUUAUUUUUGUAAGCGCAGCGGGCUCUCUUAUUACUCUUACGGAGUUUUAAUUCCUUAAUUAAUUAAGCCCGUAACAUCUUUUCACAGUGUUGUAUCUAUCCAUCUUAAUUUUCGCAAUUUGAUAUUGUAUGCUAUGGGUUCCAAAUUGUAUUUAUUGCAUAAGUCGUCAUUACUGAUGACAUUAGGCCACCACAACUUGAGGAUACGCCCUGAGCAUCUGUUAACAAAGUUCUGAAUCCAGUAGGGUGGUCGUUAUUUCACAUAUAUUUUCUUAGAAUAUUUAAUUUUUUUAAUAUUUAAUAAUUAUACACAUUUGUUGUUGGGAAAUAGGUAACUAAGAAAAUUAACUAAAUUUAAAAAAAAUAUGACGCUUCCAAUUUAUUUAUGGACAUUUUUUUAUUAUAUUAUGACCUCCCUAUUGGUUUUGACAUUUCGUGGAUUUUCAGUACAAAUUUUGUAAACUUCAUUUUAUAUUUAUUUACUCAUUAGUUAUUUCAUGGUAAAACUUAGCAUACUUAUAGGGGUGUUAAAAUUGUUAGCUUCAAAUAAAUGAAUACAUCAUAUAGACAUACAUAUGUAUGUAUGUACACAUUUAAUCAAAAUUUGUUUACCUCAUUUAUUUAUGAAAAAAUUUUAUUUCGGAAAAACGAUAGCUAUAACCCUAGAGAAGUAUUGUACAUGCAUAUUUUAUAGCCAUUCGGAUGCUAAAUACUUUACACCUUUAAGUCUCCAUAUACAAACAGUCUCCCAUCCUAAGAAAAGCCUGGUGAACCCGUUCACUCAAAUUUUCACGUAACCAUAACUAAAAUUAGAUUACCAUGCUGAAAAAGUGGUUAAAGGCACACUAAUAUUUAGUAGUGCUGGACCUUGGUUCGAUCCCAGUUCCCGUCAAAAACCAAAAAUCGAUGACAAACCGCUGAUUGUUUUUCUGUUAUGAAAAAGCUUCUCAUAAACACCCAACAGCGCACCUUAAACACCUACUUAAUUAAUUAGAUAAUGAUAAUAAUCUAUCAUAAAAUAAUCCUUUAGAAGCGGCUUAUUGCUAUACCGAAUUUCAAUUUCAGAGUACUUACAAUAUUUAAUUCAUUCUCCUAGAAACGGAGCUGACAUAUUCCCAAAUAUUAUAUAAUAUGUUUUUUUAAUGAUAUGACAUUUUUAUAAAUAUAUAUAUAUAUAUAAGCAUUAGUAUAAAUAUAAUAUGACGCCACUUCGUAACUUCAUGGAUACGAUUAAAGCAACUCAUACUUCUCAUAUUGAGUGAGUGGGCGACGUAGAGCUUCAUGCCCCAGAGUCAAACAUACUGGACUGUUUCUGUACACACCCUGUGCCUCUAGAACCGCAUGCGGCGCACAACGCCAAGGAUCCGCCGUAUUCACUUGCCAUUUAGACAAACGAGCACUUAACUCCUGGAAUACGCUUUGAUAUUUAGAUUUACCAAAUAAAUUGUAACGCUCCAAAGGAUCCGCUUUAAUGUCGUAUAGCUCCCAUUCCGGUCUUUCAUAGUAGGAUAACAGCGUCUUAUACCAUGGAUAUGAUUGUUUGGCGAUCGUUGCGUUUAAAAGUUGCUGAAAGGUGGGCGACGUGUAUAGAUCUUGAUCGAUGGGGAAGUAUGACCAAAAGUUUAAAUUGUGUAUUAAUUUAUAACGGCGCGUGCGUAUCAUACGCAUUGGAUAGGUCAUUGUGACCUCAUGGAAAUUUUGACUACCAAACACUGCAUCACUUUCAACCGGUUGCGGUUCUUUGUAAAGAAUUGGCAAUAACGAUUUCGUAACAUCAUCUUUGGUUGUAUUUGCAGUGGGUGUGUAAUAGUGAAACACAUCUAGAACGGUAUUGAAAACAUCCAACAGACUAGACAUAGCGCCGGUGGUCUCAUGACGACGCGCCUGGCUAGUUGGUGCAGCAAUAAUCAUUGGUUCACGCACGCCAUGCUCGUAUAAAUUUGUACGUCCGCCCGGAAAUGGUGGUCCAUUAUCGGAUGUGUAAAUAACUAAAGUAUUUGCGUCAAAUCCAUGCGCUGCAAGCUCUUUCAGUACAACACCCACACCUUGAUCCAAGCGCGAUGUGGUCAUAUACUGAGCGGCCAACUCCUGACGCACCACAUCCGUGUCCGGCAAAUGCGGCGGCACUUCCAAAUUACGCCAAUCGUAAUAAAUCGGUUUCCAAUCGGGUAUAAUGCCCAUACCCUCUUCACCGGAACCCCAACGCUCACAAAAUUCACCAUAUUGCGGCGUUAUAUGCCCACAACGAUGUGGAUCGUGAAAGCCGACAAGCAAGAAGAACGGACGCGCCUCCACGCUUGCCUUGGCAAAGAAUUCACGCGCGUAAUGUCUAAUUCUCGUUAUAUUGCGUCCAAUUUGAUUGAUUGAAUGUUGUUCUUCGGUUUGCUCAAAGUCAAAUUGGAAAUUAGAGCUAGCGCCAACAUGCUUCUUACCAAUGAUGCCGCUUAGAAUGCGUCCCUGGGACUUUUCGCGCAACACAUUCGGCAGCGAUGUGGUGCCAGGUAGCACAUUGAAGUUAUGCACGCCCUGGUGCAGACCAUACAUGCCAUUGCUAUGACUCGCCUGACCGGUUAAGAGUUGUGCGCGGCUAGGCGAACAGCUGCUCACCGAGGUGAAGGCAUUAUUGAAUAGCAAACCGCGCUUGGCCAAUGUGUCCAGAUUGGGUGUCUGACAGAACUUGUUGAGGUAAGCGCCCGACUCGAAGCCCGCGUCAUCUGCUAACAGUAUUAAGACAUUCCUCAUUUCAUCAUUCGCCGUUGCGCUUACACUUAGCACCAGACACGAGGCGUUGAUAAGCGCCAGCAGUGUGAUUACACGCUGAGUGGUCAACGACAUUUUUUAUACGUAAUCGCGUGGCUGUUUUGUUUGUUUUCGUUGAUUAUCUUUUUUGAAGAGUAAAUAUAAUUGAUUCUAAUUCUAGUUUUGUAAGUGAAAAUUUCAACAGUUUUGUAAACUUCAAUUAUAAAUUAAAUAACAACAACUAACAUAUUAUAGAGCAACACUCGCCAUCUGCAACAAGAG